CAAUGAUAAUCGACACAAACGCUUCCCACACAAGUCUGACACUUCCAUGACACAGAUUUGGCUUCAAAUGCUGGCCCUGAAAAACCAAUCCAUAUAACUCUCUGUCUCUGUCUCUCUCAAUUCUAAUCUCUACCCAUUUCUUUUCCUUUUUAUUUGUUUUUGUUUUUGUCUUCACGUCCUUUUCUUUAAUAUUUCCUCUCGAUACCAUAUUAGUUGUUUGUUUGCAUUACUUCUCUCCACCAUUGUCUUAACUUUUUCACUUUAGCUUGCCCCUCUCUCUCUCUCUCCUGUUGUUGGAAGUCUCCAAGGUUAUUUUGGGUUAGCACAAAGUAUCUGUAGAAAAGAUGGAGAUAACUAAUGUUACUGAAUAUGAGGCCAUCGCAAAGGAGAAAUUGCCCAAGAUGGUUUAUGACUACUAUGCAUCUGGUGCAGAGGACCAGUGGACUCUUAAGGAGAAUCGAAAUGCAUUUUCAAGGAUUUUGUUUCGCCCCCGCAUUCUUAUUGAUGUCAGCAAGAUUGACAUGACCACCACCGUCUUGGGCUUCAAGAUUUCAAUGCCUAUCAUGAUAGCUCCAACUGCCAUGCAGAAAAUGGCUCACCCUGAAGGAGAAUACGCAACGGCCAGAGCAGCUUCAGCUGCAGGAACAAUUAUGACACUAUCCUCAUGGGCUACUUCCAGUGUUGAGGAGGUCGCUUCAACAGGACCUGGCAUUCGCUUUUUCCAACUCUAUGUAUGCAAAGACAGGAAUGUGGUUGCACAGCUUGUGAGAAGAGCUGAAAGGGCUGGUUUCAAGGCAAUUGCCCUUACUGUGGAUGCUCCAAGACUUGGCCGGAGGGAAGCUGAUAUCAAGAAUAGAUUUACUCUGCCACCAUUCUUGACUUUGAAGAACUUUGAGGGUUUGGACCUUGGCAAAAUGGAUAAGGUAAGUGAUAAAUGUCUAAUCAAUCUCAACUUAAAUUAUCCAUUUACUUUGCCUGUUUGUUUACCUAAUGGUGGGAUUUUCUUGCAGACCGAUGACUCUGGACUAGCUUCAUAUGUUGCUGGCCAAAUUGAUCGGUCACUUAGCUGGAAAGAUGUAAAGUGGCUUCAGACAAUCACAUCAUUACCAAUUCUAGUGAAGGGUGUCCUUACCGCUGAGGAUACAAGGCUAGCUAUACAAGCUGGAGCUGCUGGAAUCAUUGUGUCCAAUCAUGGAGCUCGCCAGCUUGAUUAUGUACCUGCAACAAUUAUGGCUUUGGAAGAGGUCGUUAAAGCUGCACAAGGCAGAGUUCCUGUUUUUCUUGAUGGAGGGGUUCGGCGUGGAACAGAUGUCUUCAAGGCGUUGGCUCUGGGAGCAUCUGGAAUAUUUGUAAGUAUUUACAUUUGAGAUAUGAAAAACAUUCAUUCAAACAGCCUGCCCUUCCCU